GAACACCACGUGGCUUUUCUAUAAUGUUUGAGAUUGUCUUUUAGUAUAAAUACAGUACAGUAUUACAUUAAUACAAGCCUGCAUAUAUAUAGUUCCAGUUAUAGUUGAAAAAAAUAACACACAAACCUAAAAAGUUACCAAUAUGGAGGGAGAAGAGUCGAGCCACUCAAAGAAGAAUAGUAAAAAGAACAGACAUCAUCAACAUGCCUCUACCCAGUCUAAACACUCUAAGUCAAGACAAGCCCCUGUUCCACCAUCAUAUGCUGAGUUUUAUAAGAUGCAGCCCCCUCCCACACACAAGGCCUCCUCGCGUGGUGAUCGGUUCUCAGGACUCUGGGAGUUUUACCUCGACAAGGAGCCAGCUGACGAGGGGACGGGAUCAGAAGAUGACUCACUCAAAAAUAUCCGCGGCUAUUUGCUCAAGAGACGCAAGUCUCCACUCAAGGGCUGGCAUAAGCGCUAUUUUGUCCUGGAGAGAGGUGUUCUCUACUUCAGUCGCUCUCAGGCUGGGAUAGCCAAAGGCAAAGCUCUGGGCAGUCUGGAUUUGGGCAUGGCAUUUGUUCACGCUGACGGUAGCUCUAGGAGGAUCGACAUUGAUGGAGAGCAUGUUGUUGUUCACCUCAAGACUAAAAACUCCAGUCAGUUUGCAGCCUGGAGCUCCACCCUUCGGUCUCACGAGAUGAGCCGGAAAGCAGCUCUCUUAGCAACGGCGUCGUCAAGUUCCCAGUUAAAGAAAGAGGGAUUAGCAUCUCCGGAGAAGCAGGGGCUCGAUUCCUGGGCUGCUAAGAUACAAGACAACAUCUCAAGCAUCAGAAAAGACAUGGACAGCGUUGGUGAGAGCCUGGACACUCUCUCCGGGUUCCUGUCUCUAAGGUCAACCAUUGCCACACCCCUGGACUCCAAAGCACCGGACAUGUUCUCGGACACUCUCUCGCUCCAAAGUGUGGGUGCGGUUAAUGAUAGUGCACGGAGCAUGGGUGGUGACAGUGUGAGAAGUAUGAGUGGUGAGGCUAUGAGGGGGGUGGGCAAUGAGGGGGUGGCCACUAAACCCAAGAAGGCGAAAGGAUUCCGUAAGGGGAAGUCAGAGAAGAAAAACAAGGACUCCACAAUCAGUUUGUCCCCGGAGACGACCCCAGGCUCAGGGUGCUCUCUACAAGAGGAGGUUCCUCCUCUAAUUAUUGAGAACGAGUUGCUCAGAGAGAGCAGCUGCAAUGACUUCACUGCCGUCGCCAAGCUAGUGUAUGCUCAGUUCUGUGAGAUUCUUGAGAAGCUGAAGAGAUUGGAGGAUGACAGUCUACCUAAGGCUGUCAAGCAGACCCGUGUGCAGCACGACCAACAGGAGAAGGUCAUCUCCAACCAGCAGCGCCUCCUCAAGCAAUCCCUCCACCAGAACAACGAGCUUAGGGAGAGACUCACUCAGAUACAGAACAUUGCCUCAGGGGUGGAGUAUAGCAACACUCGUAUGGGAACGCCUGGGUCAAUGCGAAUGAGCCCAAGCCUGCAGAGCUCUCAUACAGCAGGUGGCCUGAACAUUCGUCGAUUUGAGUCGUACAUUUCCCUACAGUCCUCCAUGUCGGACAAGUUCUUUGACGCUCUCGAUGAUCUCCACGAGCAGAGCAGUGAGAGUGAGGGGGAAGUGGUCGAGGACGACUCGGCAGAGGAGGAGUCUGACCUGGAGAUGUAUGAGGCACUCACCCACGAAGAAGCCUUCACUACUCUGGACUCCAAUCCCUCUGAAACUUCUAUCUAUACCAUUGCCAAGAACCUCUCCAUCAGGGAGGAGCCGGCCAGGUCACCUGACCUGUCACGUGACAGAGGCAUCCAGAGGCGCUCUCAACUACCCUGUCCCAAAAAAGAUGAUGGUGAUCUCAGUUUAUGGGGCAUCCUUCGUAAGAAUAUUGGUAAAGACCUCUCCAAGAUCUCGAUGCCUGUGUCUCUUAACGAGCCGCUCAGUGCUCUGCAGAGACUGUGCGAGGAGCUAGAGUAUUCCGAGCUUUUGGACCAGGCUUCGCGAUUGGACGACGUUUAUGAUAGGAUGGUGAGGAUAGCAGCGUUUGCCAUGUCAUCGUAUGCACUCUCGUACCACCGUGUGGGACGUAAACCGUUCAACCCUAUCCUCGGGGAGACGUACGAGUGGGUGAGGGAGGACAAGGGAUUCAAGUUCAUUGCCGAGCAGGUGAGUCACCAUCCUCCAAUAGCAGCGUGUCACUGCGAGUCUCCAAACUACGUUUUUUGGCAAGAUGCUCGCAUCAAGAGCAAGUUUUGGGGCAAGUCGAUGGAAGUAUUCCCUAUAGGAGUGGUCAACGUCACUCUGCCACGCCAUGACGACCACUAUCAGUGGCAGAAGGUGACCUCAUGCAUCCACAAUGUAUUGGGUGGUCAGCGGUGGGUGGACCAAUACGGAGAGAUGACCAUCACCAACGGAGACAAGUGCAGCUGCAAACUUACCUUUGUCAAGGCUAGCUAUUGGAGCAAUAAAAAGUACCAGGUGUACGGUGAUGUGUACGAUGCCAGUGGAACAGCUGUACGUCACAUGUUUGGGGCGUGGCAUGAGGCCGUGUUCUGUGGGGAUUCCCCUGAGACAGCACAAUGCAUCUGGAGGGCAGGUCCCAUGCCAGACGGAUACGAGGACUAUUACGGCUUCAGCCAGUUUGCAGUUGAACUGAAUGAACUGGAAGAAGACUUAGAGGACAAACUGCCCUGUACCGACUGUAGGUUCAGACCUGAUCAGAGAAUGCUUGAGGAGGGAAAGCUUCAAGAGGCUGAGACAGAGAAACACACCGUGGAACAGAUCCAGCGUGCUGCUCAAGCUGAGAGAGAGCGUAUCGGUCAAGAAUGGAACCCAAACUUUUUCCACAAGCAAGAGGUCGAAGGUCACGAGUCUGAGUGGGUGUUUGGUGGCACGUAUUGGACACACCGCGAAAACAAUUUUAGAGACAUUACUCUACCUAAACUGUGGUGAUAUUUUAUCUGUCAAACACUUUGCAUGAUUGUUGUUCUGCAAUAAUUAUCCUGUAUUGGUUCGUUUGUUAUUAUUAUAAUCGUAUGA